AAGACACAACCCACAGAUGACCAGUCUCACAUCCCAUAAAACAGAUUCUUGAGCUCCCCAUUUUCUAUUCUCACUCGAGCUCUCAUAUUCUCGACUGCAUAGCAGAGAACCUUUGUUUUGAUUCGUUUCACUCAUGCUUAGGCGAGGAGGUGGCAACUGUGAUUUGGAUUGGCUUGAUUCUACUCCUUUCUGAUCUACCAAAAACAGAUCUGACAUUCGCCUUCCGAUCUUCUCCAGCACGCUAACCAGUUAAUUCCUCAACAAAAUUUCACCUAAUAAAACCGAUUCAUCGUUUAAUCGUCUGGCUGUGAAGAUUUGGUGCGUGGUUUUGAAUUAUGUGGAGUUCUAUUGAGACUUUGAAACAAAACCUAAAUAAGAUUGCACUGGAUGUGCAUGAUGGUGAUGACAAUGAUGAGGAGUUCACGAUCUAUGGCUCCAGUAAUGACAAUGGUUCAUCAGUCUCUCGCAGAAGAAAUUCGCACAGUUUCGCACAUUCCAAGUCGGUUUCGCAGUCUCCCAUAGCCAAUGGAUUGGACUCGCCGCAUAAUUCUGAGAUUGAACAAUAUAAAGCAGAAAUUAAGAGGCUCCGGGAAUCUGAAGCAGAAAUUAAAGCAUUAUCAAUUAAUUAUGCUGCUUUAUUGAAAGAAAAGGAGGAUCAAAUUGGCAAACUGAACCAAGAAAAUGGUUCUUUGAAGCAGAAUUUGGAUGUAACGAAGGAAGCUCUGAAUGCUCACAGAAGUGAGAAUUCAAGAGCAUCAACAAGUACCACUCAUGUGCUCAAGGGAAGUGGUGAUCAAUCACCCAAACGAUUGCAUAAAUCUGCAACUCAAGUAAAAAACCGUUAUAUGGGAAAUCAAACACAGAAUGGUCUUCUCUCAAAACAGGAUGGAGUAGGUAAUGGAAUCACACAUACUGACGAAGUUAAUGCCAUUUAUAGUAAGACAGAGCCCAAAAGUUCAAUUUCACAGGGGAAGGAAAAGGAGCUUGCAGAUUUGCUUGAGGAAAAUAGGUCCCUGGCAGCAAGACAAGCUGCUCACGAGUUGCAAAUUAAACAGCUUAGAUUGGAACUUGAAAAGGAGCAAGAUAAAUUAGCAAAUGCUUAUGCAGAAUUACAAGAGGAACAAAAGUUGAACAAAUCUUUUCAGGAGGAGCUCAAGAUGCUAAAAAUGAAGGAAUCCAAAACCUCUAUGGAGAUGAGUAAAAUACAUGGUGAACUAAAUGAAAAAAUAUCAGAGAUAAGACGACUGCAAAUGGAGUUAAGUAGAAGGGGAGACGAGGAUUCUGAUGGGGUUGUGAAGGAUUUGAAAAGAGUCAUUGCAGCAUUAGAGAAGGAGAACACUAACCUUAAGAUAGCCAAGAAUGAACUUGAGGCUGCCUUGGAAAUGAGUAGAAAAGCUUCACCUCAAAUAACCUUCCCAGAUGGGAAGGUAGGUUCAUCUGGAGAUUUGCACAGUAUGGAAGAAAGGGAGUUAUUAUUGCAAAAACUGGAGAAAGAUUUAAAGGACACGGGCCAUGAAAGGGAUAAAGCAGUGCAAGAAUUGACUCGUCUUAAGCAGCAUUUACUGGAAAAGGAAUCUGAAGAAUCAGAGAAAAUGGACGAGGACUUCAAGAUCAUUGAAGAACUUCGUGAGAAUAAUGAAUAUCAAAAGGCUCAAAUAUUACAUUUGGAGAAAGCUCUGAAGCAGGCAAUUGCCAAACAGGAAGAAGUGCAGAUGAUUAAUGAUAGUGAAAUCCAAAAGUGUAAGGAAGUGAUUGAAGAUCUGAACAAGAAACUUGCGAACUGUAUGAGUACAAUUGAUGCAAAAAAUGUUGAGCUUCUAAAUCUUCAAACUGCUCUUGGUCAAUACUUUGCUGAAAUUGAAGCUAAGGAACAUUUGGAACGAAAUUUGGCUUUGGCAAGAGAAGAAGCAACCAAGUUCUCUGAGCUUUUGAAAGAUGCAGAACGAGGAAUGGAAGCAUUAAAGGGAGAGAAAGAAGAAAUUUUGGCAAAGCUUUCUCAUACUGAAAGGAUGCUAGCAGAAGGGAAAAACAGAGUAAUCAAGCUUGAAGAGGACAGUGGAAAACUACGCCGUGCUCUUGAUCUGAGCAUGACCAGGCUCAAUAGAAUGUCCAUGGAUUCAGAUUACCUAGUUGACAGGCGCAUUGUGAUCAAAUUGUUAGUGACCUAUUUCCAGAGGAACCACAGCAAAGAGGUUCUGGACCUCAUGGUUCGGAUGCUGGGAUUCUCUGAUGAAGAUAAGCAGAGGAUAGGUGUUGCUCAACAAGGUGGCAGAGGUGUUGUACGGGGAGUUUUGGGACUACCUGGCCGCCUAGUUGGUGGAAUCUUGGGUGGAAGUUCAGCUGAUGUGCAUGCUAAUGCAGCAUCUGACAACCAGUCUUUUGCAGAUUCGUGGGUUGAUUUUCUUCUCAAGGAAUCUGAAGAAAGGGAGAAGAGGGAAUCUGCUGAAGAAGAUUCUCAUGGAAGAAGCCCUAUGCCGGGGGUUGAUUUUCUACCAACAACAGCAGUCACUGCCUCUGGUGUCUCAAGACCCAAAUAUUCUCCAUCCCAGAACUAUAGUCCCAUCCCCAUUCAGGGUAAUUUACGGGCAUUUGAACCGUCUGAUUCUGAGUUUUCAACAGUUCCUUUAACAUCCUCAGAUAGCAAUUCUCGGAUUUCAAGAUUACUGAGACAAUGAAAAUAUGUUAAACCGUGUAAUUAGUUCAAGUAUAAGAUUUAUUCAUUGAUUCUGUAGUCGCAGUUUUGUUCGUUCAAUUCUUUCGCACUAAAAUGGUUGUCCAAUUGUUGCUGUUGCAUAUAUGUACUAGUAACCCAAAUUCAUAUACUGACAUGGGCUGAAAAUUUCCUGGAGAUAUUCCUCAUAUUUUCUUGUAAAAACCUGUAUUUGGACAAUGCAAAUUGUUCGGUGUUUCUUGC